CCUCAUCUACCUGCUGGUCUCCCCAUGGGUGUGGGGAUGCCUUGUGGCCUUUCCGGCAGAAGUAGAAGUGGUGGGGGGUUUUUUGGCUCCCACAUGAGCAUUCUAUCUUCGCGUCUUCAUGUCUAAAACGCUCAUGUCAAUGUCAAUAUCAACGGUUCUUGGAUGUUGAGUGUUCCUGAGUUACAUAACCUACAUGUAAUGUCUCAAUUUUCAACUACGGUGUCAUCUCCUUCAGAGCCCGCUAUCCAGCUAGAAGCCGAGAACGCCGCGUCCACCGGAAACGCACCGCAACUCCAACACUCCCUCAACAACGGCGCGCGACUAGACACCUUCGUUUACCUCAAAGCCCUACAAAACGGCGACAUCGCCACAUUCCAAGUAAUCCUCGACAACGGCGGAGACGUGAACCACGACCUGGGCUCCAGCGGCACUCCGCUAAUCAGCGCUCUUCGCCAUAACCACGAGCCAUUGCUAGAGUUCCUCUUAAACAAAAGAACCGAUGUCGAUCCCAGCUAUGGUCGAUGGGGCCACAUGCUUCCGCCCAUUGGCGUGGCGGUGCGGAUGAAUCGUGAUAUCAAGUGGAUGGAGCGGCUGUUACGGGCUGGUGCGAGGGUGGAGGGGAGUGGUGCGUUGCAUGUUGCGGCGAUCAGGGGUGAUAUACCAAGGAUGAGGCUUCUUUUGCAGUAUGGGGCGAAUAUUAAUGAGGUGCCGAUGUGGAGGGUGCUUGCUUUUGUCAAUUACAACAAGAAAGGGACGCCGGUUCAUUGGGCGAUUGUGGGGGGUUCGACUGAGGCUGUUCGGCUUUUGUUGGAAUGUCAGCCAGAUCUCUCUGCUCUUGAUGAGGAUGGUGUUAGUGUCCGGGAUCGACUGCGUGAGGCUCACUACAGCGUCGGAGAAUACUAGUACUCGGGUGUAUUAUGCUUUAUGUACGAGAGAUCCAAAACAGAAGAUGGGACGUAGUAGAUCUUAAACGGCUCCACGAUAAGAGGUGGAUAGUGGGGCUGUGGGAUCUCAAUCCAUUUUCGCGAUUAGGUUUAGCGCCACUGGCGACAUAGGGUUAUUUAGCCUCCCCGCAACUUCGUACGGGUGAGAUUUCAUUUAAAUAAUAAUCGGAGCGCUGUCG